AUGGCAUCUCAAAACCUACUGAAUGACUGGGAGUUAGGUACACCCCACCCACCUCAGAAAAGAGCAAUGGCAAGUUUUGAUGCUCUCACCAUUAGCGCGAGGCAAUUGAUAAGCCUGCUCCACGACGGAAUUUUGAAUAGUGUGCAACUGGUCGAGCGAUACCUCGAACAGAUUGAGAGGCAUGAAGCUUAUCUACAUGCCCUAAUAUCAGUAGCACCUAAGGAGAGUCUACGAGCCAUUGCAGCUAAACUGGACGAAGAACAUGCCAAGGGAAGGCUGAGAAGUCCAUUGCAUGGGAUUCCAAUCAUUAUCAAGGUAGGACCUGUGAAUCCAAAAGGCCCAGAUAUCUUACGGUCUUUCCCAACUCUAAUUCCUGAUGACAGGGGCAAGGAUCUCCCUAGCGGCUGGUCUGCCGUUGGAGGGCAAACCCAAUCGCCCUACGUUCGUGGAGGAGUUGUCCCAGGAGACUCUAAAGAUGGCCAUAGCAUGCCGUCGGGCUCAUCUUCCGGGUCAGCAUCUGCGGUAGCAGCUGGAUACGCACCCUUGUCCAUUGGGACUGAGACCAACGGGUCACUUGUUUGGCCCGCGAGCAGAUGUGCUCUCUAUUCCAUUAAACCGACCAUUGGACUCAUUUCCCAACAAGGCAUCGUUCCAGUAUCGAACACAUGUGACUCCGCAGGUCCUAUGGCUAAGUCACCGUAUGACUUGGCUUUGUUGAUGGAUGUACUUUUGGAGAAACCCCCAGAUAAUAGUUUCAUAUCAUCUUUAUCGCAAGAUUCUUGGUCAGACAUAUCCGUCGGAGUGCUAGACUACGAUAAGUGGUGGCAUGACGCUGGAUUUUUGAAGCCUGUAGAGGAAGCCACUCAGGAAAUGAAAUUCAAAUCCGAGGCUGAUAAUGGGUCCCAGUCUGCGGCAUUUCAGGUGGCGUAUGACAGUAUCCGUAAGACUGCUAAAAGAUUUGCUGAGAAUGUCCCUUUGGUAUCCCCGACAGAUUUUAGCCUUCAUGGCAUUGAUAGUCUUUCGGCAGUACUGCUAUCGGACUUUCCAGUUGAUUUUGAGCGAUACCUUGCUGAUCUUGAAUACGCCUCUCUGAAGGACUUUCACGAAUUAAAAAUCUUUAAAGCAGAUACCAAUUCGGAAGUGGAAUACCCACUAAAUCACAAUCAGGCCCGUAUCGAGGAUGCAACAUCAAUGAACCUCUCAGCCAGAGAAUAUGUUACCCAUCUACGAAAUAUCCGUGAAAUUGGAAGAACAAAUGGGAUUGACCGGAUUCUCAAAGAUUAUGAGAUUGAUGUCAUCAUUGGGCCAGCCGACAGCCAAAUGACAAAAAUUGCUGCUGCCGCCGGUUAUCCGAUUGCUUCACUGCCUCUCGGCUAUCUAAAAUACAACGGACGAGCUUUCGGAAUGCUUGCCAUUGCGUGUGCCAAUAACGAAGAAAAAUUGAUACAAGUCAUGGGAGCCUGGGACACUAUGUUCAAUCCUGUCAAGCCUCCGCCGCUUCUAAUUGAGGGCUUAUGA